AUGCAACGACUGAUCCCCAUCAUUAAUAGUCUUCAAGACGUUUUCACCGCAGCUGGUCUACCCAACACACUUCCACUUCCUCAAAUAGUUGUUGUAGGUUCACAAUCUUCUGGUAAAUCAUCUGUAUUAGAACAUGUGGUUGGGAAGGACUUUCUUCCCCGAGGUUCUGGCAUAGUGACCCGUCGACCUCUUAUAGUCCAAUGUGUCCGAACAGAUGUCCCGAAAGAGUAUGGGCUCUUUGAACAUCAAGGCGACAAGCAGUACUUUGACUUCAAUGCGAUUCGAGACGAGAUCACUGCGGAGACUCAGAGGACAUGUCCGGGGAGAAAUGUAUCUCCCACUCCAAUUCGAUUAAGAAUAGUGUCGCCGAAUGUCGUUGAUUUGACUUUAGUUGAUUUACCGGGCUUAGUCAAAGUUACAGUAGUUGGGCAGUCCAAUGAGAUUGUCAAGAAUUUACGUGAUAUGGUGUAUCAAUAUGCUGCUCCCGAGAAUGCGCUGAUCUUAGCGGUGACUGCUGGGAAUGUCGAUAUAGCCAAUUCUGAUGCAUUGAAUGUCGCCAAAGAAGUCGAUCCCGAUGGGGAGAGAACAAUCGGCGUGUUAACUAAAUUAGAUUUGGAAGAUAAAGGAACGAACUCAAUGGAUGUCUUAAUGGGACGAGUGUAUCCGUUGAAACUUGGAUAUAUAGGUGUAGUCAAUAGGUCACAACAAGACAUUAAUAAUGGAAUGGAUGUACAAACAUCAUUAAAGAAUGAAAAGAAGUUCUUUGAGGACCAUCCCGUCUACUGUUCUAUAGCAGACAGAAUGGGGACGGAGUAUAUGGUGAACAGACUCAAUUUACUCUUGUUACAACACAUCCAAAAGUGUCUGCCUGGGUUGCGACAACAAAUCAAUGAAGCGUACGAAAAGGCAAGAAAUCGAUACGACGAAAUUAAACCGGACGACGACAACGUCCUCUCCGUCUCGUUACAACAAAUCAUGAAAUUUUCAACUGCGUUUUCAAAUGCGCUCAAUGGGAAUAACACCGAUUUUAAAACACACGAAUUGGCUGGGGGCGCGAAGAUAUUUUCAGUGUUUGAGAGUCAGUUCAGUCCAAAUAUCGAUGGACAGAACAUAUUAGCUGGGAUAAGGGACAUCGACAUCUUAACUGCUAUUAAAAACGCGAGUGGGACACGACCAUGUUUAUAUGUCCCGCAAACGGCCUUUGAAAAUUUGAUAGCAAAACAAGUCAGAAAUUUUGAGGGAAGUUGCCACCAAUGCGUCGAUACGGUUUACUCCGAGUUAAAGAGUAUUGUAUCAAAAACCGCGAAGGAGAAUGUCGAGAAGUAUGACCGAUUCAGAGAAGCACUGAUACAGGCGACGACGGAAGUCAUGAACGAGUACAUGACACAAACUCAUCGAAUGGUACAAGACUUGAUAGACAUUGAAGCGGACUACGUGAAUACUAGUCACCCCGAUUUCGAUACUACAAAAGUCUUAAAAGAAGCCGACGAAGCGAUGAAAACACCGGAAGACGCUGUGGUGGAUUCUUCAAAGCAAGAAGUGUACGUCGAAGUGACCGCACAACCACGACAAGGAGAAGUCAAAAAGCAGAGUCAUUUUGCAAACAAAUUGUCGAACGCCCCACAACAGAAACAAUCUGCAAACCCUAAGCAACAACAACAAACCGUCGCACAAACGUCGUCGAUUCGAGUCGACCACACCAAUCAAAGAGAAAUGAGAGAAAUUGGGUUGAUCCGAAAUCUGUGCAGAGACUAUUUGUUGAUAGUGAAGAAGAGUAUGAAGGAUUUGGUACCAAAAUCUAUCAUCCACUUUUUGGUCUUCAAGACUCGAGACUCCGUGCAAAAGGAACUGAUCAAGAAACUGUACAAUGAAACACUCCUCCAAGAUUUGUUGGCAGAAAACCCCGCUCUUGUCAACGAGCGAAAAGUGGUGAAACAGAACCUCGAUGCGUUAAAACAGGCAUUAGAAAUCAUCAACAACGUCAGAGAUAAGUGUUUCUAA